AUGUCUGAUGAUGUCGAUCAAAUGAUGGACGCUAGCUCAGCAUGUUUUCACCCGAAACGAGGGAGGAGGUCUCGCAGUCUGCGUCAACCUGAGCGUCGUCUUGAAAGCCAAACCGCUGCAGUACAACGCGAUUCAUCCGUCCUCUUCUUGUUAGAUCCACCAACGAACCUCUCCUUCAUGCACGUUCAUACGAAACAAAAGUCGCGCCAACAAUUUUAUCUCAGGAGAUUCAUCGAAACCCAGUUUCUGUUCAUAUCUUCAAGGCGUAUCAGGACAGAAACUGUCGUUCACCGCGAUUAA